AUGGUUCUCUACAAGGCCCGUGCGUGGGGUGGAGGCAAUCAAGAGGACAACAACAACUCCCUGAAGAGAGACAUUCUGCGAGGAGCCGCGUCGCAGACCUUCCCGAGAUAUCUAAGUCGAAUACCCAAAUCAUCUCCCUCACCAGCCCCAUCCAAUGACGACGGAGAUUCUGGCGAUGAGCACAGUGAAAGGGAACAAUCACAGAGUCCGCCACCGCAUCAGGACGACCGACCAUCGGCGCUGAAUCUGGUGACUGACUCCUCGCGACACACGCCGUCUCCGGUGUCCUCCAGCCAGCAGCCGCCGCCCGCGGGUGCCGCCGGCGGGGGCCUGGGUGCCGCCAUCGCGGCCCUGCAGAGCCUGCCGCUGGCGUCGCAGCUGCUGCUGCUGCAGAGCCACCUGGGCCUCAGCAACCUGGCCGGCCUGUCCGCCCAGGACCUCAACACGCUUCAGCAGGCGACGCUGCAGCAGCACAUCCAGAACUACAUGAUGCUGCACGGCGGCAGCGGAGCCGGAGGACUCAACGCCCAGUCCGGGGCGCCGGCCAAUGCCCAAGCGGCGGCUGCACAGUUCCUAAUGCAGAAUCAGGUCCACGCUGUCGCCCAGGCGGCUCAGCAGUUGCAGGCGUUGCAGAAGCAGCAGCAGCAACUCAAGUCAGAAACCUCGGCCAGCGGCGGCGUCAUCGCCGCCAGCUCGCCGCUCCACAGCCCUGCCGGCUCCCCGGGCGGCCAGAACUCGAGCGCCACGAGUCUGAUGGGGCCCAACCAGACCACGCCGCCGAACGUGGCGAGCCUGAACGUGGGCGGCAUCCUGACGCCCUCCACGCCCGGCUCGGGCACCCACACGCCCCAGAUGCCGAAGCUGCAGGCGCCGCGCGCCCUCGAGCCCUCGCCCGAGGAGACCACGGACUUGGAGGAGCUGGAGCAGUUCGCGAAGACGUUCAAGCAGCGCAGGAUCAAGCUCGGCUUCACGCAGGGCGACGUGGGCCUGGCCAUGGGCAAGCUGUACGGCAAUGACUUCUCGCAGACGACAAUAUCGCGCUUCGAGGCACUCAAUCUGAGCUUCAAGAACAUGUGCAAGCUGAAACCGCUGCUGCAGAAGUGGCUGGAGGACGCGGACAGCAGCAUCACGAAUCCCGGAGGGAUCUUCGGCACCAGCACGCUGAGCAAUCCUCUCACCACGCCGGAGACCAUCGGGCGGCGCCGCAAGAAGCGCACGUCCAUCGAGACGUCGGUGCGCGUGGCGCUGGAGAAGUCCUUCAUGAUGAACCCCAAGCCCACCAGCGAGGAGAUCUCGCAGCUGGCGGACCAGCUGUGCAUGGAGAAGGAGGUGGUGCGGGUGUGGUUCUGCAACCGCCGCCAGAAGGAGAAGCGCAUCAAUCCGCCGCCCAACUCCCUGGACUCGCCCAGCCAUCCGGGCACGCCCAGCGGCGCCGGCGGCAUGGCGCUGGGCCACCACGGCUCGUCGUACUACGGGCCGCUCUCGUCGCCGGCGGCGUCCAUCAAGCAGGAAUGACCCGCGCGGUGGGGCGACUUCGGAGCCUUCGGCACGGCCCUCCUCACGGCGGAGCAUCACGAAGCUGGCGCCCGCUUUCUAGACUAAUCUCUCAGUCAUAUCAUCCGGAGGACACGCACUUUUCAUUACAGGGAACUUUUCACAACCUCUGAUGCUCCGCCGGCCGCGCGACGCCCCCGCGCCGGCCGCAGGCGGACAGCCAAGGCUCGAUGGCACGCGAGGAGAGCUAUCCUGGCACAUGGAUAUCACUUUAACUUGAGGAGGAUUGAGGAGAUGAACAGAAAUUCUUUGAUAAGCGCGGAAAGGGAGAAAUACAGUGACUCAAAUCAAAUGCUUUCCUCCUGAAUUCAAUUAUGCUCAAUUGAGUGGGCAAAAAAGGAAGAUUUUCCACCAAUUCAAACUGCAACGGUCACGCAAGAAAGUGGAUUCUUUGCAUCAAAUAAGAGCCACUGAAAUGACUGAUAUUGUUUCAAGCUCUCAAGUGAACAAGUUGAAUUUAAUUUCGAGGGUUUCGGCCUGCAAAAAGGGGUGAAAACAUUUGACUUGGAGUCACUGUAAGUGUGUGUGAUGCAAGUGAAUCCUAAAAUGAAGAAUAAUUUCGAAUUUAAUUUUGACGGUCAUCGUGCAAAAAACACCAUUUCCUUUCCUUUAUCAACAACAUGAUGACACUGUAUUUGUAUCCUUUUAGUGGGAGAAAAUAUAUUGUAGCUUAAUGUGAGAGAGAGAGAGAAAAAAAAUCGAUCGUGUGAGAGACAAUGAGUGCGAAGUGAGAGAGACACUUUAGUGAAAAAAAAAGCAUAGAAUAUGUUAUAAUUUUAUCGUGAAUGUACACCCUUUUUCCCUCCCACACUUCUCUUUUAGUUCACCCUCAGCGCGGGGAAGUUAUUAAAUUAUUUAUUAUGCGAGCGAGAGAUAACAAUUUAAAAGGAGAACAAGUAAUUAUUAAAAAAGAAGAGGAGAGAAAAUCACGGAAAAAAUAGGAACUUUGAAAAGACAACAAACUGAGGCUGAUCUAUAAGUAAACUUUUUAAUUAUUGUAUUAAAUUAAAUUGUAGGUCUGUAUAGCUUAUCGAGUGCGUCGGUUCGACAGUUCUGCCGGACUUUUCGGCCACUCGACUGAGAUUUAUUUAUAAAACACCCUCAAAUAGUCUCUUAUAUAGAUAAAAAUAAAUCCUCAAUCCUAUUUAUGUUUACUUAAACGCUUCUUUCUUGGUCACAAAUGAGGGAAAUUUCAUGUAUUCCAUUCUUCUGUCGUGCAAUUUUGACAAAAGGAACUCUCCUAAGUUGUUAAGUAAAUCUUUAUAUAAAAAAAACAUUCCACGGCACACACACUUAAAGAACAAGAAGAAAAAAUCGUAUACUAAAAAUGAGAAAAAAAAACAAGAAGAUGUAUUCUAAAUGUGAAUAAAUUUUAGGCAUAUGUAAAAUCUAUCUGAUAAGAUAAACAAGGAGAAAAAUCAUUUUAAUUGAAAGAGAAAGUGAGAAGAGAGAUGAGAUGAAGGAAUAUUUUAACACAUUACCUGAUUGUAGUCAGAAGUGUAAAGAGAUGAUAAAAGUUGGGGGAUUUUCUGCAAAACUGAUAAAAGACAGAACUCAACCGACAGAAAACCGAUCUCAUAGGACAAAAAGACACUCCCCAAAAUAGAAUUUUCUUCCUUGGAAGAGGAAGACAUCAAAAAAAAAAAACCACCCCCAAAAUAGCAAGAGAGGGAGAACGAAUUAGCGAUUAUAGUGCGAAAAAAGAUAUAUUUAGUUAACACUUUUAAAAUUAUUCUUUAAAAAAAAAUUGUUUUCCCCUUUUAAUAUGUUUCAUUAUGUUUUUUUUUUGGCUCCCCUUUUUUUCUUUAUAUAUAUUUCUGCACACGAACACAGCAUUUUUCGUGUGAUUUUUUCUCAUUCGCUCAGCAAAAAAAAGGUGCGAAUUUCACACUCUGUUUUUUCUCCAUUUUCCACUGAGUUUUCUUUUUGUGAAAAAAUUGCCACAAAUUGCAAAAGACGCGAAAAACCUGCAAGUCAACUAAUUUGCCAUAACCGAUAUAAUUCUCAAACUGAAUGUAUAAAAAAAUCCGUAGGUACAAUAAAUAUAGUAGUUAAUGAUAAAGAGUGCAAUAUAAGUAAAUAGUUAAUGUAUGAAAAUAUCCAUGUUUGUGAGCAUGUAUAUAAAGGAUAAUCACAAGGAAGAAAAAAAAGUACGAGAGACGAUGAUUUUUGUUGCGAAAGGAAACAAAAAGAAAGACACAAGAAACAAUGUUCCAGAGGAAAAGAAAAACUCAGUGGAGAUUGGAGAGAUUUCAAAGUUCGCACGCGCGCGAAAGUCUCCAACACAGCAGCGCCAUCGCGUGGCACACACGCCAAAAAAACAGUACACACAAGAUAAGACAAGAACCCAUAAAUGCCCACAGAAAGACGCCCAACAACAUAUCCCAGCAAAGAAGCUAAACUUAAGAGAAACACUGUAAGAUAACUUAUUGAAUAAUUUUUCUAAAUAAAAAGGCAGAAAAAUAAAAGCAUAAUUGACUAGAAAUGGUAAAGAAAAAGAGAGAAGAUAUAAAGAAAAAAGAAAAAAACUUGAGAAAGAUGAAGAAUUGUGAUGUUGUUUUAUAAAUAUGGAAUAUUUUUUGUACAUAGAACAAUUUUCCUUUGAAAAAAAAAACCUAGCCGUAAAACUGUCACUAGAGAGGAUUGAAAUCAUUGUAAAAUUCGAUAAAGAUAUACUUUUAUCUAUUGAUUGGCCAAAAUUUUGACUCUACCAAAAUCAUACGUCCAGAUUGUAUUUAUUGACGAGAUCAUUGCGUAGUAAUUUUUCGAAGAUUCACAGAAUUCUUUUGAUGUUGGUGGAUCCAUAUCAACUCACACGAGAUCAUUGGAAAAUCCUCUUUUACGAGAGGCAGAAGAAGAAAAAAACCCAUGCAGAAGAUUUAUCGACAAAGAUUGACAACACAAAAGAAAUUCUUGUAAAAUGUAUUAAAAAAAAAUGAAAAGAAAGAUGAAUUAUAAGUGAACUUGAUGAAGAAACCUAGAAACCACAGAACAUGAAUCCUAAAAAUUAUAUAAAAGAUAAAUUAAUGAGAAAAAAUGUUUGUGUGUAGAAUAAAUAUUGAAUAAUAAACUAUGAAAAAAACAGAAAA